AUGGCGGUGCGAGCUCUGAGGCCCAUCGCCACACGAAAUGCAUUUCACGAUGAAGAACUGGCCCGUAUGAACCACGUUCACGAUCUGCGACUUGAACCGCUGGGAAGCCAGGUUCCUUGCACGUCAAAGAACCAACCUGUCAGCACGUUACCAAGGGUAAGACGUCACUGUAUGGCGUUUCAUUCACGUAUUAAUGCCUUGGGUCAAAGGGAGAGAGAUAGAGUUUUAGGACCCACAGACUGGAAACGGACCCUCCGAAGGUCGUCAGGGGAAUGUUUUUAUGGCUUUAAUUCCCGAAAAAAGGCGGUGCGACGCCGCCUCAAAACAGCCACGGAAGUUGAAAUUGGCGAUCAUUUCACCGCUGGGCGUCUUUCGGUGCUGGAUGUUAUUAACGCCCAACAUCGCGGUUGCGGUGCCUUGUAUAACAACGCCGUAACAACCUCGACACUUCCUCCGCUGAAUGAAGGGGAAUCGGGUCACCACUCAAGGUGUGCUCUGAAGACCCUUCGCAAUCUUCUUCUUCCUAUCUGCAGGCUAUGGCUUCGAAAGAGAGGUAAAAAAAAGGUAACCUUGGCCCCGAGUGAAUCACGGGAAAAACUUCCAUCGCCGCGGACGCGAGAGAAGGUGAUUGCUGUUGGUGUUGUUCUUUCUUACCUGCGCCGCCGAUGUCCAUUAUCUUCUCACAGCUUUCGCCAACUACGGGAAGCGGCUGUGAUUCUGCAGCGUGCUUACAAGCGUCACAAAACCUACGUGGACGCGCACGUGGAGUUGAAUUACAGAAAAAUACGAGCCAGCGUGGAGGAGAUGUACCUGAAGGACGUGGAGGAUGAAAACAGGCGGGCUGAGGAGGAGUACAAUGGACUAGAUAUUAACGGGAGUGAUGAGAUGAGCCUUGAGUUUCCCAGGUGUGGUGAGCGCCUUCCGGAAAUAUUUAUUCGCUACGAGCUCCGCAGUUUAUACUACUGUUGGAUGUGGCUCUGUGUCGAAGCCGGAUCUAAUAGGCGUCUUCCAACAUUUCUCUCACAACAAAAGUUGUAUUCCGUACUUGACAACGUGUGUUACAUCACGAGUGAAAUGCGUGACGAUCGGUUGGUUCGUGCACACUUAGAGAGGCGUCCAAAGAUGGUAGUUUCAUACUAUGGUCGUUACGAUCCAUCUAAUGAAUGGGAAUAA